AUGGUUGAGAAAAGGAGAUUCCUUGGCCAAUGUUCAGAUUUAACAGACGGAGGAUAUAAAUGUACCUGCUCAACAAAUUUCACGGGUCUACAAUGCCAAACUAAGCAAACCAAAUGCCAAAUCAACACUUGCAAAAAUGAUAGUAGAUGCAUUAUAACAGAGAUAACAUUACACAGCCAAACCACAACAACUCAACAACAUUCUCAAAAGUGUCUAUGCCAAAAGGGCUUCACUGGCUUGGACUGCUCCGAAAAGGAAGUUAUAUCGUUAAUCAACCAACAAUCCAAAUCUUUACCAAUUUCCUCUCCAAACUCUAAAAACCUGUUGUCGUCUCCAGACUCUUCAAAAUUAUUUCAAAGUCAUUGCGACAUAAACCCUUGUUUGAACGGUGCCACAUGUUACGAACGUAAAGGAGGUGCUUCUCCUUCUUCGUCUUUUGUGUGCCGAUGCGUUCCGGGGUUCACUGGAAGCUUGUGCCAAAUAGACAUCCCGGACUGUAGAGCCCGACCUUGUUCUAAUGGGGGAACGUGUACUGACUUGAUCAACGAUUACUCUUGCAAUUGUCCACCAGGGUUUGAAGGAAAAGAUUGUUCCGUUACAGUUCUCAUCGAGAGGAAAAUGAAGCAUUGGCUGUAGACAAGAUCUCGAGGCAGAUAAGAUGUUGAACGGGGACUUGGAUAAAUUCGAUCAAACCGCCACCAUGACUAAUAAAGAAGAAUUUAUCAAGAAGGAAGAAAAAGAAGAGUCGCCAAUUAAUUCUGCACUCCUAGGUCAACCGCCAGCAGUAUCUGCCACAAAGGAGACUGGUAACAUGCCUUCUUUCCUUUCUAAAACUGAAAUGAUCAUGAUCGCGUGUCUCAGCAUUUCCUUCGUGACCGUCACCCUGGCCAUCAUAGGAAU